AUGAUAUACUAUCUUUCUGUAUUAUCUUUAUUAAUCAUUCAAUUUAUUGAACCAAUGCAAGGUGAAUGUUCCGGUGGGAUGUGGCCUAUACAAGACACAAAUAUUGGUACAUUCACUGUUUCAUGGCGAUAUAAUUUUGUUUCGAAUACUGUUCAAUUUAUAAUUGAAGGAAAAGUCAUCGAUAGUAUUAAUCUUGCAUCGACAUAUAUUGCAAUUGGAUGGUCUGAUGCGACAUCAGCUACGAAUAAUGCAGAUAUUGCAAUGUUCUUUCCAGGAACUCAAACAGUUCAAGAUCGAUAUUCUCGAGAAUCUAACAGUUCAUUAAUUGAUAGUCAACAAGAUUUUUGUAUUUUUCGUACUAAUACAACUGAUAAAAAUAUUUAUGUUGCAUUUGAACGAUAUAUUGAAACAGGAGAUUCAAAAGAUAUUAAUUUUAUGUCAAAUCUCAAUCUUAUAUUUUCUAUGGGAUCAUACAUAUUUACAACUACUUACAAUCCUCAACAACAAUUUUUUCGUAUUGUAUCUCAAACUAGUGUAAAUCUUCUUUAUUGUGUUUCAAAUGGUUGUUUAACAACAAGUUGUACAACAACAGCAUGUCCAUGUUUAGAACAGAUUACAACGGGUUCUGCACAAUGUAUUUGUUUUCCACCAUCAUCAUGUAUUUCAGGUUCAACAAUUACAACAAGAACAACAAUGCCUGUUUCAACAACGACUUUAUCAUCAUCUGCAAGUAUGAAUGGUACAUGUCAAUGUGUAAAUGGUGGUACCUGUUUAUCAAAUGGAGUUUGUUCAUGUACUAGUCGUUAUCGAGGAAAAUUCUGUCAAAUAAAUAAUCCUUGUGUGGAUUAUUGUCGUAAUAAUGGUAAUUGUUCAGUUACCUGUACAGAUACAUCAUGUGGAUCACCAGUUUGUGUUUGUGUAAAUGGUUAUCUUGGUGUACAAUGUGAGACGAAUGUUGGCGGACAAUGUCAAUCAAAUCCUUGUGUAAAUGGAAAUUGUACAACAUUAACAAAUGGUGCUUUUCAAUGUCAAUGUAUUAAUGGUUAUUCUGGAGUUCGUUGUAAUUUAAUCAGUAGUUGUUUAUCAAAUCCAUGUAAUCAAGGUAUUUGUAUAACAUCAACAAAUUGUCAGAAUUCAGUUUGUGGUUAUUCUUGUCAAUGUCCCAAUGGAACAGCAGGUACAAAUUGUGAAAUUGUUGGUGAUCCAUGUUUCAGUAAUCCAUGUCAAAAUCGUGGCAUUUGUUCUAAAUCAUCAAAUGGUUAUUCAUGUAAAUGUUCACCACCGUACGGUGGUUUACUUUGUGAAUUGAUUAUAAAUAUAUGUACACCAAAUCCUUGUUUAAAUGAUGGUGAAUGUGUUCGAAGUACAAAUAUACAAGAUGGAACAUAUCGAUGUAAUUGUCGAACUAAUUUUGUUGGCGCAAGCUGUGAAUACAUAAGCGGUUGUAUAUCUUCACAAUGUCGAAAUGGUGCACAAUGUGUAUCAUCAACUACAAAUUGUCCUGCAGGAUUAUGUUCUGCUACUUGUAAAUGUUUAAGUGGUACAACUGGUGUUUAUUGUGAGCAACAGGUUAUGCCAUGUUCAACAUAUCCUUGUGUGAAUGGUGGAAUAUGUUCAGUAAAUCCAAUGAAUAAUAUUUCUUAUUGUCAAUGUCCAUCAGGUACAACUGGUGAUCGAUGUGAAACAGUAUUAUCAAUGUGUACAAGUGCAACUUGUUCAAAUAAUGGUGUUUGUUAUAUUGAUGCAUCAUCUGGUAAUAAUACAUUACGAUGUGUAUGUUCUCAAGGUUUUACUGGUCAGAAUUGUCAAAUAUCAUUAAAUUCAUUAAGUACUUGUUCACAAAAUCCUUGUGGAUUUAAUGGUACUUGUUAUUCUACGUCUAAUUCAUCUUAUUAUUGUAUUUGUCCCAAUGGCUUAAUCGGACAAUCUUGUAAUUCAAAUACAUUAACAUCAUGUUCAGAUUCUCCUUGUCAUUAUUUAGCAAAAUGUCAAACUAUACCAAAUAAGAGUCCAGUAAGUUAUCAGUGUGUUUGUCCAGAUUAUUUAACUGGUGAUCGAUGUCAAUAUGUAAAUAAUUGUCAAAAACAACCAUGUUAUAAUCAAGGUACUUGUGUACCAAUGGGUCCACAAAAUAAUUUUAUGUGUUUAUGUCAACCAGGAUUUGGACAUUAUGAUUGUUCAAUAUAUUUGGGUUUAGCAUGUAAUUCAAAUGUAUGUUUAAAUGGAGGUACAUGUGAUUAUAAUAAUGCAAAUAUUCGAUGUAUUUGUCCAAAUGGUUUUACCGGACCACGUUGUGAAUGGAAUACGGUUUGUUCAUCGAAUACAUGUCUAAAUGGUGGGACAUGCAGACAAAUAGCUGUAACAAUGGCUGAAUGUUUAUGUGCAACUGGUUUUACUGGACCAACUUGUAGUUUACGAGAUUCUUGUGUUAAUUUCCCCUGUAAAAAUGGUGGUGCUUGUACAACAUUACUGACAAAUACUGGCACUAAUUGGUCAGCAUAUCGAUGUGUAUGUCCACCAGGAAUUUAUGGACAAAAUUGUGAUACACCUAUAAGUUCAUGUGCAAAUAUGCUUUGUCCAUCCAAUAAAAUUUGUAGUGAACAACCAACAGGACCUAUAUGUACAUGUUCCGGUAAUAAAGUUGGAACAUUUUGUCAAUAUGAUAAUCCAUGUACUAUUUCAUCAUCAUCACCAUCAUCUUAUUGUUUAAAUGGUAGCACAUGUGUUGCAUCAAAUACCGAUCCUCCAAUUGCGACAUGUCUAUGUCGUGAAGGUUUUUCAGGUCCACAAUGUAAUCUACAAAGAUUAAAUGAGCCAUGUUCAAGUAAUCCAUGUCAAUCACGUGGUUAUUGUGCAUUAGGAAGAUCAAAUACAUCUUAUUCAUGUAUUUGUUCAAAUAAUUAUACAGGCGCUUUAUGUGAAAGAAGUAAUCCAUGUAUAUCAUCUCGAUGUUUAAAUAAUGGAGUUUGUCAAAGUCAAUGGAAUACAACGCAUACUUGGUAUACAUGUACUUGUACUCAAACAUUUACAGGACCCAAAUGUGAAACAUCAUUACUUAAUCCAUGUGGUGGAUUAUGUAUGAAUGGAAGUCCAUGUGUUAAUGGUGUAUGUGUUUGUCCAGCACAAUACACAGGAACAUUUUGUGGAUAUAGUAAUCCAUGUCAAAGUUCUUUAUGUCGAAAUGGUGGUCUCUGUCAACCUAAUUAUAAUUCAACAAGUGUUUCAUUUACAUGUACUUGUCAAAUUCCAUACACCGGUGUGUAUUGUGAAACAUUAAUGACUCCACAAGUACCUGGUACUUGUUUACUACCAUGUAAUAAUGGUGGUUCAUGUGUUAAUAGUAUGUGUAUGUGUACAUCACAAUAUAUUGGACCAUCAUGUCAAUAUGAAAAUCCAUGUACAAAAACGAAUCCAUGUUCAAAUAGUGGUACUUGUUUUGGUCGAUAUAAUGUAACUGGAGCAUUAUAUACACAAUGUUUUUGUCUUCAAGGUUACACCGGAGUGAAUUGUGAAACAACAAUUUGUACAUCAACAUCAUGUAAUGGUGGUAUAUGUACAGCAACUCAAAAUAGUUUUAUUUGUACAUGUCCGACAGGAAAAACGGGUGAUCGUUGUCAGUAUACAGAUCUAUGUGCAAGUAAUCCAUGUUCAGCAACUGAACGAUGUGAACAAACUGAAAAUGUUUAUAAAUGUAAUACAUGUUAUGAUAAAACUACAUAUUGUACAAUGUAUCAAACGCAUCGUGAAUAUUGUGAUAAUCGUUUUACAAUACUUGUUGACAAGAAUUAUAUUCCGGUGCUUGAAGCAUGUCAACGUUCAUGUGGUCAAUGUGGAACUACAAAAAAUUUAAAUGAUAUAAAUAUACCUGUUACAGUAAAUAAUGAUAAUGAUAGUGAUACAGCAACAUAUGACGAACAAAAUUAUACGACUUAUAUAACAACAACAACAAGUUCAAGUUCAUCAACGACACCAUAUCAAAAUAAUAUUAUAUUUUCUCGAAGUGAAAAAUGUUAUGAUGAUCGAAAAGAUUGUUUAAUGCAACAAGGAUAUGGGUUUUGUAACAUUUUUAAUGAAAAAUAUCCGAAUCAUUGUAUUAAUACAUGUAAUCCUCAAUGUGCUUCUAAUUUAUAA